ACCACCAUUACAUACACAACUAACUAGUAAGAAGAAAACAUAGGCAUACUUUUUGCACAAUGGCUAUUCCUACUUCAGACUUCCUUCAGAUGAAUACUAGGAUACCUGAGAACCCAUUUCAUCAUCUUCCUUUUGCAUCACAAAGAGCAUUAACCUUUUCAGUCAAGAAACUAGCUUGGCCAAAUCCAAGGGCGGCUCUCACCCUCACUCGUGCCCCUAGUCCUACCAUAAACAUCUCACAAACUUUCACAAAAUUGAAAUCACAAGGGAAAGUGGCCUUCAUUCCCUACAUCACUGCCGGCGAUCCCGAUCUCACGACAACCAUUCAAGCCCUGAAGGUGCUCGAUUCUUGUGGAUCCGAUGUCAUCGAGCUAGGCAUACCGUGCUCCGAUCCCUCACUAGACGGUCCGGUCAUACGUGCUUCAGCGUCACGUUCCUUGGCAGGAGGGACAAAGCUCAACAAUAUCAUCUCAAUGUUAGAAGAUGUUAUUCCCCAGCUGUCGUGCCCUAUCACUCUAUUAUCCUACUCUAAACCUAUUAUCAGAUAUGGCAUCGGAAACUUCAUGUCUACCAUUAGCCAAAUAGGAGUCCGUGGGCUUGUGGUUCCGGAUGUGCCUUUUGAAAACACACAAAGUUUGAGAAAUGAAGCGGCGAAGAACAACGUUGAGUUGGUGCUGCUAACUACACCUACUACUACAACAUCUCAAAUGAAAAACAUUGUCCGAGCCUCGGAAGGUUUUGUUUACCUGGUGAGUGCGCUGGGGGUCACCGGAGCUCGUCCGCGUGUGAACCAACAAGUUCCGAAUCUCUUGAGGGAGAUUAAGGAGGUGACAAGCAAGGCGGUGGCGGUUGGGUUCGGGUUGUCGAAGCCGGAGCAUGUGAAGCAGGUGGCGGAGUGGGGAGCGGAUGGUGCGAUUGUCGGUAGUGCUAUUGUGAAGGUACUGGGCGAAGCUAGAUCUCCAUUGCAAGGGUUGAGAGACCUUGAAUCUUUCGCCAAAUCUUUCAAAUCUGCUCUCCCGUAAAUCCGUAAUGAUUUGUGCAAUAGAAAAGAAAUAUAAUGAUGGAUCAUAGAUUCUGAACUGU